CCCCUCCUCCUCCUCCUAGUCUGAAUGGGACAAGAGGGGCUGUGCCUUUGAUUCAGGAGACAGUCCCCCCAGAAGCUGUUGGCUGGGCAGUCGGGUUUACUUGCUGUGACUUUAGCUGCUGCAGAGGAGCUGUCCGGACAAACCCAACAGGGCUUCCUUCUCAGUGGCAGCAAUUUCUGUAUCAAUGGAUAAAUCUCUCUGGGUUGCCUUUUGUGUGGCUGCAGCGCUGUUUUUGCUUGAUGAACUUAACCAAGCAGAUGCUACAGAGACCGGGGAUUCUAGCAAGGACGCGGACUCUGCUGGAGGUGGCAGAAAGGACUUGCCGAUGCUGUACGUCACAACCAUCUUGGAAGACCCCUAUGUGAUGGCCAGGGGGACUGAACUGGAGGGCUACUGCAUUGAGCUUCUGGAGAAACUGUCUGAAAUGCUGCACUUCAGGUACAAGGUGAGCGUUGUGAAGGAUGGGAAAUACGGUACGUUGAGCAGCAACGGGAAUUGGACUGGGAUGAUCGGCGAGAUCGUGAGGAAGGAGGCAGAUCUGGCUGUGGCUCCAUUAACCAUCACUUCACCAAGAGAAGAUGUCGUCGACUUCACCCAGCCAUUCCUGCACACGGGCAUCGGCAUCCUUCUCGAGAGAGAUACGGCUUUGGAAGAUGCGUCUCUUUUCCACUUCCUGGCCCCCUUCAGCAAGGAGAUGUGGGCUGGCGUCAUAGCUGCCUAUGUGGUCUCCUCCCUUUGCUUGUUUCUAGCUGCCAGAGUGAGUCCUUGUGAAUGGGAUGGAAAUGAGGACACUCCUUUUACCUUUCUGAACAGCCUGUGGUUUGGGGCUGGAGCAAUUGCUUUACAAGGUGCGGUGCCUCCUCCAAAGUCCGUCUCCGUGCGGAUCAUCUCUGCCAUCUGGUGGCUGUUCAGCAUCGUGCUGGUGGCCGCCUACAUUGCUGGCUUCAGUUUUGUUUUGGACUCAGACGCCGAUCAGCUCUCCAUCCAGUCCUUUGAAGAUCUGGUGAAGCAGCGGCACCUGGAGUUCGGGACCAUGGCCGGCUCUUCCACGCUCCUCUACUUCAAGAACUCCAAGAAUCCAAUCCAGCAGAUGGUCUACGAGUCCAUGAACAGGAAGAAGGACACUGCGUUUGCCCAGAACUAUCAAGAGGCAAUUCAGCGUGUGCUGGAUUCAGAUUACGCUUUCAUCGGCGAAACCGUCUCUCAGGAUUUGGCUGUCGCUCGGCACUGCAACUUGAUCCGGACUCCAGAGGUCCUUGGGGCUAGGGGCUUUGGCAUUGCCACACCACAAGGGUCUCCCUGGACUAACAAACUUUCGGUGGCCAUUCUGAAACUUGGAGAAGCCGGUGAUCUCGACUACCUUCGGAGCAAGUGGUGGGAGAGCAGCUGCGGCCACGAAGACCAUGACAAGUGGAGCCCACUGAAACCCCAAGCCCUCGGUGGAAUCUUUCUCAUCCUCGCCCUUGGCCUUGCGAUAGGGAUGAUUGUUGCAAUGGUUGAGCUAUCCAAAAAAAGCCGGCACACAGCUGACCAGGAGAAGAAAUCCUGCUGCUCUGUGUUCACUGAGGAGCUGAGCCAACGAUUCCGACCCAGAGAAAUUAAGAAGCAAGAAACCGCAGGGAAAUCCAAACCGUGAGACGACGUGGUGCAAAUAGAAAGCCAAGCGAUAAUGAACUUUCUUCUUUUGACCCUACUGUAUAUUAAAUAGCAGAAUAUACAGCUCCUUCUAACUGUAGGGUAUUGGCUGGAUGAACACACACACACAAAAACCCCUAGAAUAGCUUCCUUUAUAAUAACACAAACCUAUGAGGAACACUCUGUGUAAUUUUAUGUAUGAAUGAAGGGGUCGGGGGACUGGGUUUUGCCGGGGUUCGUUUCUAACAUUUCUAGUUCUCGAGCAUGCUUGGGCGCAUAUUACCCUUCCCGCAACCUUGGGAAGAUGCGCAGCAACAACGGCAGGCAUUGGAGGGUCCAAUCAAAGCUAUGCAAACUGUCCCGUAAUGCAGCUGACUUAGAGAACAGCCAAGGCUGUGCGAACGAGAGAGUGCAGUCUUCAGGUGCGUAGUGCAGAAUUUAGCUUCUGGAUCAUCUCUUUUAAAGAGCGUUGCUUCUAGCUGUCUGAGCUGUGAUGAGUGAUUAGUUGCGCAGGUAAGGGUAGGUGUGAAUUCUCGGAGGGAUUGCUAGAUCCCGUUUCUGUUGCAGAUGGCUGUCUUGUCAUUGUACAGUUGUAGCGGCUGCUCCUUGCCCUCCCAUGUCAUUUUAAAAAAUACUUUUAGGUGAAGUGGAAAACUUGCUCUACGUUUAGAAUUUACACAGGUCGAAGAAUGUCACACACGGAGGUCCAGAAUAAUUUCUUUUCCAGAAUAUGCAGCCCUGAAAAACUGCCACUUUGGCUGCUAUUGACAAGUCGAGCUGAGGGUAUUUAACCAAAUGCUUGCUGAGAUAUAAGUGAAACAAAGAUUACUUGCUGGCUAUAACAACAACGUGCGUGUCCAUACCAACUAGGACAUCUUUCCUAGAAGGCCUCAGCCAAACGCGAGUUCAGUGAUGGCUUAAACUCUGGCAUGAUUCACAAGGCCUGGCUUUUGUUCUUCCGUUGUUUCGCAAGUCCAUUUUCUCAGCAAGCUUAAAUGUUACAAAUGGAAAAUGCUUCCCUCCUCCAAGCCAGGACUAAACAGUAAGAAACUGGUUUGCCACAAGCGUGUGGAAAACAAUUUGUUUCCAAGCUCCAGUCAAAGAAAGCAGGGCGCUUGUAAACCUGAGGGUCCCUCCGGGCUCAGUCGCGAGGUUUGAUGUUGCAUCUGAAACACAUCACUAUGCCAGAUUGUGACCUGAAGGUGCGGCAGCUCGGUAUGAUACAGAACUGGAGUUUGUGCAUCAGCAAUGUGGAUUGGGGGGGGGGGGCAGGAGUGGAAUCAUGUGGCUUAUUUGUUUUGGGUGAAAAGGCAGACAAGGCAACGAAGCAGCGUAUUAAGGUAAAAGCAGAAGGGAGAGGUUUUGUACAUGCUCUUUAUCCCCUGUAAAGAUAUCAGAAAUCCUUUCAACCGGGCAGUAAGGAAUUUUUUUUUAAAAAAAGAACCCAGCUUUGCUUUAUAAACAAAGAAAUAGAGGCAUUUUUGCGUGUAUCACAAAACAUGACUAAAUAAUAAAAGGAGUUGUGGCCAAA